CUACGGAGAGUCCCGGUUAAUCAAGAAGGAACACGAAACUACUUCAACGUCAUGCCCCCCACAUUCUGAUCUCGAAUCUGGUAAUAUGCCUCCUUCAUACGGAACUCAGCCACCCGCACCUGAGCCUGUCCAUUUGCAUGGUAAGAAGCAUGAAGCGACGACCGACUCGUUUAAAGCAGGGAAUCGUUAUACCCAACAACAUCCGCCUCAGCUGAAGCUACCGUCAGAGAAAGUCAUAAGCGGUCGAGGUGGUGCAUCGACAUAUCAAAUCGUUCCCGAGUCAUCGGUUUCCGAACGUCAGUUGGCCAUCGUCUCGGAAAAGGGACGUGUGGUGCAGUUUAACAAGUCAAGGGGCACCGUGGUGAGUACUAUGGUACAGGCAAACUACCCGAUGUUCGUGCCACCAGAUGCAAUCGACAAAAAUGGAGACGAAUGUGUCGAGGUUAAUACAUUAACACAAAAGCCUCCGCAAGCUGAAACCGAGGAAAAAGAUCCUUUGCCCAUAUUAGUUGACGAUCCCGAAUCAAAUGCAUUGCAUUACUUUGAGAUUACUGUCUUGUCCAAUCCAAAGCCUAAAGACACUACAAUAGCAAUAGGUCUCGCCACAAAGCCUUACCCACCAUUUAGGCUUCCGGGUUGGAACCUUCACUCAGUCGGAUACCAUUCCGAUGAUGGUCGUAAAUUCAAUGAUGCGUAUGGAGGCCGCGAUUAUGGUCCCGAAUGGGGUAAGGUUGGAGACACUGUCGGAUGCGGAUAUUAUCCCAACACCGGAUUUGUACUUUUCACCAAAAACGGGAAGAAUCUUGGUACUGCGUUCACUGGUAUGCGACAUUUGUGGUAUCCUACAGUUGGAGCCCAUGGACCGUGUAAAGUAAAGAUAAAUUUUGGAGAUGACGAGCCAUUUAGAUAUUGCGAAGCGAGAGGAUUCGGACCGUCGGGGAAGGAGCGUAGCAGCGAGGAUACAAAGAAUGUUGAUUGA